AUGUGGAGUGUAUCAACCUCUAAAAGUUCUAGUAAGUCAACAAGUGUCGGUACAAGCACCUCAACAUCAGCUUCCACAAGUGUGUCCACUUCGACCUCAGCAACUGUGAGCACUCCAACGACAUCAGUUUCAAAGACAUAUUCCAGUGCAAGCACAAUGUGGACAAGUGUGUCUAUUUCAACCUCAAAGUCUGUAUCAACGUCGACGUCAUUGAGUUUGAGUUGGUCAACAAGUGUAUCAACGUCAAUUAGCACCAGCACAACCAAGUCAACAUCAACAAGUGUCAGUACUCCAACAAACACAGUGUUCUCGACAUAUUCCAGUGCCAGCACUAGCACCUCAACGUCAAUUAGCACCACUUCAACCUCAACAAGUUUAAGCACACCCACUACAUCCGCUUCCACGACAUAUUCCAGUGGCAGCAAGAGUUAUUCCACUUCAGUGUCCACCAGUGUGUCUACCUCAAUGUCAACAAUGCCAGCACAAGUACCUCAUCAUCAAUAUCCACCAGUGUGUCUACCUCAACGUCAACUAGUUGGCAGCAAGAGUUAUUCCACAUCAGUGUCUACCAGUGUGUCUACCUCAACGUCAACAAGUAAGUCGAAAUCAACCUCAACCUCUGCCUCAACACCAGCUAGUAUUUCUUCUGUUAGCACAAGCACCUCCACGUCAACAUCUACAAGUGUCAGUACACUAAUAACAACAAUAUUCUCGACAUAUUCAAGUGCCAGCACAAGUUCCUCAUCAUCAAUAUCCACCAGGUCUACCUCAUCGUCAACUAGUGUGAGUACACCGAAAACAUCGGUUUCUACGACAUUCUCAAGUGCCAGCACAAGUACUUCGACAGUGUCUACACCAUCGACUUCACUGGAGUUCGAUGCUAGCACGAGCACUUCGACGUCAAUUAGCACUAGUGUGUCUACGUCGACCUCAACUAGUGUGAGCACUCCAACAACGUCAGUGUCCACGACAAUAUCAAGUGCCAGCACAAGUACUUCAACUUCAGUAUCUACAAGUAUAUCAACUUCAACCUCGAAAUCGAUUUCAAGAUCGACUUCAUUGAGUUUAA